AUGCCGCGGAACCAGGGCUUCUCCGAGCCCGAGUACUCGGCCGAGUACUCAGCCGAGUACUCCGUCAGCCUGCCCUCUGACCCUGACCGCGGGGUGGGCCGGACCCACGAAAUCUCUGUCCGGAACUCGGGAUCCUGCCUGUGCCUGCCUCGCUUCAUGCGGCUGACCUUCGUGCCGGAGUCCUUGGAGAACCUCUACCAGACCUACUUCAGAAGGCAGCGCCACGAGACCCUGCUGGUGCUGGUGGUCUUCGCAGCCCUCUUUGACUGCUAUGUGGUGGUCAUGUGCACCGUGGUCUUCUCCAGCGACAAGCUGGCUCCCCUCGCCGUGGCCGGGAUUGGGCUGGUGUUGGACAUCAUCCUCUUCCUGCUCUGCAAGAAGGGGCUGCUCCCCGACCGGCUCACCCGGAAGGUGGUGCCCUACCUGCUGUGGCUGCUGCUGACAGCCCAGAUCUUCUCCUACCUGGGCCUGAACUUCACUGUUGCCCACGCGGCCAGCGACACGGUGGGCUGGCAGGCCUUCUUUGUCUUCUCCUUCUUCAUCACGCUGCCCCUCAGCCUCAGCCACAUCGUGGCGAUCUCUGUGGUCUCCUGUACCGUGCACACGCUCGUCUUGGGGGUCACCGUGGCCCAGCAGCAGCAGGACCAGCUGAAGGGGAUGCAGUUGAUCAGGGAGAUCCUGGCCAACAUCUUCCUCUACCUGUGCGCCAUCAUCGUGGGCAUCAUGUCCUAUUACAUGGCCGACCGCAAGCACCGAAAGGCCUUCCUGGAGGCCCGCCAGUCGCUGGAGGUGAAGAUGAACCUGGAGGAGCAGAGCCAGCAGCAGGAGAACCUCAUGCUUUCCAUCCUGCCCAAGCAUGUGGCUGACGAGAUGUUGAAGGACAUGAAGAAAGACGAGAGCCAGAAGGACCAGCAGCAGUUCAACACCAUGUACAUGUACCGCCACGAGAACGUCAGCAUCCUCUUCGCGGACAUCGUGGGCUUCACCCAGCUGUCGUCUGCCUGCAGUGCCCAGGAGCUCGUGAAGCUGCUCAACGAGCUCUUUGCCCGCUUUGAUAAGUUGGCAGCCAAAUACCACCAGCUGCGGAUCAAGAUCCUGGGCGACUGUUACUACUGCAUCUGCGGCCUGCCCGACUACCGGGAGGACCACGCCGUCUGCUCCAUCCUCAUGGGGCUCGCCAUGGUGGAGGCCAUCUCGUAUGUGCGGGAGAAGACCAAGACCGGGGUGGACAUGCGUGUGGGGGUGCACACGGGCACCGUGCUGGGGGGCGUCCUGGGCCAGAAGCGCUGGCAGUAUGACGUGUGGUCUACCGAUGUCACUGUGGCCAACAAGAUGGAGGCCGGUGGCAUCCCUGGGCGCGUGCACAUCUCCCAGAGCACCAUGGACUGCCUGAAAGGAGAGUUCGACGUGGAGCCGGGCCAUGGGGGCAGCCGCUGCGAUUACCUGGAGGAGAAGGGCAUUGAAACCUACCUCAUCAUCGCGUCCAAGCCGGAGGUGAAGAAAACAGCCACCCAAAAUGGCCUCAACAGCUCGGGCCUGCCGAACGGAGCCCCAGCUUCCUCCAAGCCCAGCUCCCCGGCCCUCAUCGGGACGAAGGAGCCCAAUGGGAGCGUCCACGCCGGUGGUUCCACGUCGGAGGAGCCUGAGGAGCAGGACGCCCAGGCCGACAACCCCUCGUUCCCCAACCCUCGCCGGAGGCUACGCCUUCAGGACCUGGCCGACCGGGUGGUGGACGCCUCCGAGGACGAGCAUGAGCUCAACCAGCUACUCAACGAGGCCCUGCUCGAGCGAGAGUCCGCCCAGGUGGUGAAGAAGAGAAACACCUUCCUCCUGUCCAUGCGCUUCAUGGACCCCGAGAUGGAAACCCGCUAUUCGGUGGAGAAGGAAAAGCAGAGCGGGGCCGCCUUCAGCUGCUCCUGCGUCGUCCUGCUGUGCACAGCCCUGGUCGAGAUUCUCAUUGACCCCUGGCUUAUGACAAACUAUGUGACCUUUGUGGUUGGGGAGAUUCUCCUCCUGAUCCUGACCACCUGCUCGCUGGCUGCCAUCUUCCCCCGGGCCUUUCCUCAGAAGCUUGUGGCCUUCUCAACUUGGAUCGACCGGACCCGCUGGGCCAGGAACACCUGGGCCAUGUUAGCCAUCUUCAUCCUGGUGAUGGCAAAUGUCGUGGACAUGCUGAGCUGUCUCCAGUACUACACGGGACCCAGCAACGGGACGGCGGGGAUGGAGGUGGAGGGCGGCUGCCUGGAGAACCCCAAGUAUUACAACUACGUCGCCGUGCUGUCCCUCAUCGCCACCAUCAUGCUGGUGCAGGUCAGCCACAUGGUGAAGCUCACACUCAUGCUACUCGUCACAGGCGCUGUGGCCACCAUCAACCUCUAUGCCUGGCGCCCCAUCUUUGAUGACUAUGACCACAGACGCUUUCAGGAACACAGCUUUUCCGUGAUCGCCUCGGAGAAGAUGCGGGUCUUCUCCACCCCUGGGCUCAAUGGCACUGACAGGCUGCCGCUGGUGCCUUCCAAGUACUCGAUGACAGCGAUGAUGCUCAUCAUGACGCUGAGCUUUUACUACUUCUCCCGCCACGUGGAGAAACUGGCACGGACGUUAUUCUUGUGGAAGAUCGAGGUCCACGACCAGAAGGAACGUGUCUAUGAAAUGCGACGCUGGAAUGAGGCCUUGGUCACCAACAUGUUGCCCGAACAUGUGGCACGCCAUUUCCUGGGGUCCAAGAAGAGAGAUGAGGAGCUGUACAGCCAGUCGUAUGAUGAGAUUGGAGUCAUGUUUGCCUCCCUGCCCAACUUUGCUGACUUCUACACAGAGGAGAGCAUCAAUAAUGGUGGCAUUGAGUGUCUGCGCUUCCUCAAUGAGAUCAUCUCGGAUUUUGACUCCCUCCUGGACAAUCCCAAAUUCCGAGUCAUCACCAAGAUCAAAACCAUUGGCAGCACCUACAUGGCAGCUUCAGGAGUCACCCCAGACGUCAACACCAAUGGCUUUACCAGCUCCAGCAAGGAGGACAAGUCCGACAAGGAGCGCUGGCAGCACCUGGCCGACCUGGCCGACUUUGCACUCGCCAUGAAGGACACACUUACAAACAUCAACAACCAGUCCUUCAACAACUUCAUGCUGCGCAUAGGCAUGAACAAAGGAGGGGUUUUGGCUGGGGUCAUUGGAGCCCGGAAACCACACUAUGACAUCUGGGGCAACACGGUUAACGUGGCCAGCAGGAUGGAGUCCACAGGAGUCAUGGGCAACAUUCAGGUGGUGGAAGAAACACAAGUCAUCCUUCGAGAAUACGGCUUCCGCUUUGUGAGGCGAGGCCCCAUCUUCGUGAAGGGGAAGGGGGAGCUGCUGACCUUUUUCUUGAAGGGACGGGACAAGCCAGCCGCCUUCCCCAACGGCUCCUCUGUCACACUGCCGCACCAGGUGGUAGACAACUCCUGA